AUGGGGAAUAAGAGCCAUGGAUCCUUGCCAAAAAUUAGCAUCAAAGAAGAUUUGGAGAACAUGGAAACCUCUGUUAAAACAGUGCAAUAUUUCAUGAGACCCCACGUUUACCAAAGCUCUGUUCCUUUGCAAGAUGCUGAGGUGACUGCUCGCUGCAAUGACACAGACAAUGAAGUUGCCACUCUCCCAGCUAGAAAAGUAUCUUUCAGAAUAAAUACAGAAACCUUCUUGUUGGAAGUGCAGGUGCAAGACAGACAAGAAUGGCUUCCAACAUGUCAUGAGAGAUGGAAUUCAGCUUGGGGGACUUACAUAUGCCGACAUCUGGGAUUCAUCAGGUUGAUGCAUCACAGAAGUGUGAACAUGACAAAUGUCAGUUUAAAUCAAAGCCAGGAAUUUGUCCAAGUUCCCCCCGGUCAGACCGCUGCAACAGAGCAUAUGUGGCAAACUAGGCGCGGAUGUAUUUCUGGCCAUAUUGUAGGAAUUAUGUGUUCAGAAUGUGGAUCUCGCUCUAAAUCUUCCCGAAUUAUUGGGGGAAGUGACGUUGUUUUGGGUCGUUGGCCAUGGCUGGUCAGUCUGUAUCUUAAUGACAGGCAUGUCUGCGGUGGAUCCAUCGUGGCACAUCAGUGGAUUGUUACUGCAGCACACUGUGUGCACAAUUAUAGGUCUCCUCAGCUGGCCAACUGGUCUGUAUAUUCAGGAAUUGUCAGCCACCUGCCCAUGAGACAGAAUAUCCUGGUUUCUACAGUGGAGAAAAUUGUUUACCACCAGAAGUACAAUGACAGAAGUCAUGAUUAUGACAUCGCCUUAAUGAAACUGCAAAUUCCUUUAAAUUAUUCAGACAGCGUGCGCCCGGUUUGUCUGCCUCAGUAUGGCCGAGAGAUUCCUGCGGGGACAGAGUGCUGGGUCGCAGGCUGGGGAUACACACAUCCAGACAGCACACACGUGCCCCAAAGUCUGAAAGAAGCUAUGGUUCCCAUUAUAAGCACCAAGAAAUGUAACAGCUCCUGUAUCUACGAUGGUGACAUCACUCCCAGGAUGCUUUGCGCGGGAUACCUGGAUGGCAAGGUUGACGCCUGCCAGGGAGACAGUGGAGGGCCCUUAGUAUGCCAAAUAGACUACAAAUGGCGCUUAGUUGGAGUAGUGAGUUGGGGAAUGGGUUGUGCAGAGCCCAACCAUCCUGGGGUGUACACAAAAAUAGCGUCCUUCCUAGACUGGAUCCAUAAUAUCAUAGAGGAUGACUAA